AUGGUGCCAAUUUACCAAUAAAUGUUUUAUAAAAUUCAACUGGAAACCCAUCAGGGCCUGGGGCUUUAUUAGACUGCAUAGCUGUAAUAGCAUUUAAUACUUCUUCAACGGAAAAUGGGGAGUCCAAUUGCACGGCAAUAUUAGUAUCAAUAACAGGAUUUGAAAGAUUAUUAAGAAAUUCGUUCAUUUUAGCUUUGUCCGUAGGAAAUUCUGACUUGUAUAACGAAGCGUAAAAUGUUUUAAAGGUAGAAUUAAUUUCCAAGGGAUCUGUAGUAAUAGUGUCAUAAGUGUUUUUAAUACUAGGUAUUAAACGCGAAGUGGCUUGUCGUCGUAGCUGAUGUGCCAACAAGCGACUUGCCUUGUCACCAUAUUCAUAAUAUGAGCCACGACUGCGUAGUAACAAGCGCUCUGCCUCUUUAGUUGACAUAAGAUUGAAUUCUGCUUGCAAAUCAAGACGCUGCUUCAGUAAUCCUGGAGAAGGGUUCAGUGUAUAACUUUGAUCAAGGUUACUAAUCGCAGCUGUAAGUUCUUCAAGCCUGGCAUUAAUCUUUUUAUUAGCAAGAACAGAAUAAGAAAUAAUUUGACCUCUCAGGUAGCAUUUAAGUGUCUGCCAUAGCAGAGAAUAUGAAACUGAAUCGCUUUGAUUGAAGGACAAGAACUCCUCAAUAGAACUUGAAAUGAAUUCACAAAAUUCUUUAUCUGCCAGAAGAAGAGAGUUAAAUCUCCAAAGUGGUGGGCUACGUUUAUAGGUAGAAAGUUGAAUAUCCAAUAACAGAGGUGAAUGAUCAGAUAUUACAUUACCAGAAUAGUCAGAAGAAUUAGCACACGAAUUAAGAGUUCUGUCAAUAAAAAAGUAAUCAAUCCCGGAAUAAGAAUGGUGCACCUAGGAGAAAAAAGAUUUUUUUUUGAUUGAAGGGUUGCGAAAUCUCCAUGGAUCAAUAAGAUCGUUCUGUUUCAUAAAAUCUGAAAAUAUUUUAGACAUAGAUGAUGGAGUCAGAUUACGAGUAUUAGAUCGAUCCAAGAUUCAGAUCUCCACCGAAGAUCAGCAAAUUAGUAUUCAAGAACGGGAUGUUACUCAGCAAUCUAUUAGCGAAUUCAGCAUCAUCAAAAUUUGGAGCAUAUACAUUUACCAACAAAACCUUUUUUUGCAUUAGGGUACCAGCAACAAUGAUGUAUCUACCAUUCUUAUCAGCAAUAACAUUGGUCGAUGAGAAUUGAACUUUCUUAUUAAUAAGAAUGGCAACUCCUCUAGCUUUUGAAUUAAAAUUUGAGUGAAAGACCUGACCUACCCAAGUGUAAUAUAACCUAUAAUGAUCUUUAAUGCGAAGGUGAGUCUCCUGUAAAAAUGCUAUAUCAGAAUUUAGAUGUUUCAAGUGUGUGAAAACCUUAGAUCUCUUAACAGGGUUACCCAUACCUCUGAUAUUCCAACUAAUAAAUCUAAGAGGCCUGCCUGACCCAGCAAUGCUGGGAUCUAUAUUACCUAUAACCAUUCAAAAAAAUAAAUAAAUAAAUAAAUACCAGUGGUCGCAAAGAGCUGAAAUGGGACACCUCCCCCCCCCAAAAAAAAAAAAAAAAAACCAAAGUCUCCACAUAACAAAACAAAGGAGACGGCAGUAUUCCCCAAAAGAGCAAAAAUUAUCCACUAAAGUGAAUGGACUAACCGGAGCCCAAACAAAACAAACAAAAGCGAGAGAGAAAAACCUCCCACCGACUUCCACACUGUAUAACAGUGUGCGUGUAACUAUAAACACUUUAUAUUAAAAACUCACAGUACAACAGGAAAACAUUGUUUUCUCAGAAGAUGAACAUUACAACAAAACAACAAAAAUACGGAAAAAAAACAAAUAAACAAGUCCUGUGCAAAUAGAUGCAGUAAGCAUAGAAAAGAUUGUGCUGGACUAAUCGGAAGUACAAGAGUAUAAUAUCCGAUUAAUUAAUCUUAUCUUAAUCUAUUAAUCUUAUUAUAUAAAAGUGAAAAUGAAAAUAAAAACAAACAGUACCGUAACUAGCGCAACACACCUAAGAAAUAAAAAUAAAUAAAUAAAAAUGCACAUGCAGCGUUAACCCUAAUGAGACCGUAAUCACUUAGCAGCAUUACAGCACCAAACUGAAGGGCUAUUGAGGCUCACUCAGAAAUCAACAUUUUGACAUAAUCACUGGCUUCCUCUGCUGAAACAAAGUUCUUCUCAACACCCUUUUAUGUGAUGUGAAGUCGCGCUGGAUGAAACAGGCCGUACCGAACACCCUCAAUGCCACGGAGCUGCUGCCUGACCGGAUUGAAUGCAGCUCGAGCGCAUGCUAUCUUAGCAGUGUAGUCAGGAAAGACUGAGAUGGUCUGGUCUCCAACUUUAAACUGUCGGCGUUCUCUAGCGCGGCGUAAAAUGUCAACACAGUCAGUAUGAUAAUGAAACCUGCAUACAAUGGCUCGUGGACGGUCGCCGGUCUUUGGUGUGGGUUGGAGGGUCCUGUGGGAACGAUCCAAAAGCGGCUCCUUCUCCAGAUUAAAUGCUUCCUUUAACAAGAAGGCCACGGCCUCAGUGGUGCACGUGUCAGGGCCCUCCGGUACUCCCACUAUCCUAACAUUGUUACGGCGCGACCUAGACUCCAAGUCUUCACAUUUAUUUUCCAGCUUGGCUGCAUUAGCUGUGAAGCACUUGAUAGUAUUUUUCAUUUCGACUAUGUCGUCCGAGCACACAGUAAGUGCGUGCUCCAUCUCCCUGACCGUACCUUUCAGCUUGGACACGGUAGCGUCAUUAGCAGCUUUAUCAAUCGCCAGCUGCGUCUUCACCGCUUGCAAGUCGAACUUAAUAGUAGACAAAGCAUCACCGAGAGUAUCCUGAAGUUCUUUUUUAAAAAUAUCAGCAAUAUCUUUCCUCAGCGAAGCCAACAACUCGCCUUUAAGAGCAUCCAUAUCCGGAUUAGCUUGGCUCGAGGGGGGUGACUCACUCGAGGAUGUGGUCGCGGCUUGCAAACUAGGCCUCAGUUGUGUUUGAAUAGUACUGCGAGUUUUAAUAUUUUUUGCUGCCAUUUUAAAGUCCCGAGUAAAACUUCUCAACUCAACGAACUACAGAAUGAAACAGGACUAAAAUUAUGGCAGAAAAGCGCGAAUGAAUAACAAUUUUAAACGAAAUCGGCGGGAGCUCCCAAACUCACGUCCUACUCCAUCAAAGCUCAACCGGAAGUCCCCGGCUACUAUUCUUACAGAAAACCAUGCAUUCAGUCUGUCCCUGUGCUGCAAAUGCAUGAAUCUUUAGGCCAUCUUUCAGUGACACUGCCUUGCCGUGACAGUCACAUACCACUUCACCACUGGCAAACACCCGCGUGGCAACAACACCGCUUCCUUUGCCUGGAAUGUCAUAAAUGCACAAGCCUUUCCAAUUAUGUGUCCUCACCGGCUUCUUGAGUAUCUGACAAUCCAUAUCAGUGUCAUUUGAGUUCUUCCACUUCCACUGAUCAAGGAUGAACUGUGCGUCUGGAAUAUUUACAUUCCAGCCUUGUUUUUCGAUCCAUUUGUGGAUGCGGGUUUUUGUGGGCUUGCGCCGAGUGAAGUGCUCUGUGAAGAACAAGAAUUUGGUUUUAUUAAUAUACUAAGAGUAUGUUCCAUUGUGUAUUCCACUAUUGCAGAUAUAAAGUCAAAAAAAUAUCUCCACUCACCAAGAACAUGCUGGUUACGCAACAACCUCUGUUCUGAACACCAGUGGUCGUAGCAAUACCGAUCACAAGCAGAACCCACGAUUUUAAUUCGGUCACUCUUACUGGGACACAUGCUAUCCAGUGUGACUGGAAAGGUCUUCACAAGCAGGUCAUAUGCAGUCUGCUCCCUAAACACGUGACAGGAAGUGGAAACCUUUGGCUCGUUACUGCUGGACCUGGAAUGAAGAGUAAGAAUAUUUUAAGCAUCUGGACAAUUUCAUAUCCAUUAAUUCAAUUGAGAAAUAUAAGAAGAAAUAUGAGAUGAUGUUAUAUAUUUACUGUGAUUCACCACUGAUGUGGCUAAGAAUCUGUGCCACAGAAAUCACGUUUUCAGGCUCCCUCAUGCGAUCAUAUUUCUGUGUACUGGUUGUGGUGUGGGCAAGGUACUCCGCCACUAAAGAUUUUUGUGUGUCAUCUAAUGUUUUUGUUGCCAUCUUAAAAGCACGUCGUGCCAUCUGGCUUGUAAUGUUUGGCAGCUGGUACCUUACAGGGGAAAGAGGACAUACGUUAACACUCCAGAGUCAGCAGUAUUGUCGGUGAUGCCGCAUAUCUUUCUUAUGUAUUUCUUAUCAUAUGUUUGUAACUCGCUGAAAUCUUAUUGUAGAAUUGUUUUCAACCUUCCCAAGUUCUCCCACAGCACUCCUUUGCUACGCUCUCUCCACUGGUUUCCUGUAGCUGCCCGCAUCAAACUCAAAACACUGAAGCUCACAUACAAAGCCAAAAAUGGUUUGGCACCAUCCUAUCUAAAAGACCUCAUCACACCCCGUACUGCGCCCCGAUCUCUCCGAUCCUCCAGCACUGCUAGACUGGUCCCACCACCCCUCAAGGCACAAGGAUGACACACAUCUCGGCUCUUCUCUGUUCUGGCACCUAGUUGGUGGAAUGAACUCCCCUUUGAUGUCCGAAUAGCGGAAACCUUGGCUGUCUUCAAGCGACAAAUCAAAACUUUCCUUUUUCAGAAAUACCUGAAGUAGUACUCUGUAUUCUUACUCAGCUCUUUUCCUUGUGUGUGUGUGUGUGUGUGUGUGUGUAUGAAAGAAAAAAAAAGUUGCACUUUCUCAACAGAGUAUUCAGAUAGAUGGUAUUCAUAGCCUGGGUCCUUAUUGCGCUAGUAUCGGAAAAAUUCAUCGCAGCGUCUUAAAGCACUUAUUUAAGUCGCUCUGGCUAAGGGCGUCUGCCAAAUACUGUAAAUGUAAAUGUAAAUGUAGAAACAUAAAAAACACUGAAUAAAUCCGUAAUCUGUCUUCUUUUUAUAACGUCCAUUGUUGGAAGUUUUUAUAAUUAGGUUAAAUCGGCACAAAAGUAAACCAUGUCACCUUACUUUGUUUUAUCUGCAUCGGGAACGUGUAGCGCUGCCCCCACCUGAAGAUCACUAUUCGCAUUAUAAAUAGAGGCAUUUCAGGCAUGGUAAUUAGAUGAACAACGCAGCAGUGAAACCACAUACAUCCCCAUCAGUGCCAUAAAAGAGGGGGAGGAUGUGGCCAGGUAUGAAUGGCUCACGCAUACACAUGAGAGCUCCUACAUAUUCAAUGAAAGGAGCCCAGAAAUAGUGACAUGAGUUUGGUUUUUCUUAUUUAUCCAACUGAAUGUUGCAACUACACCAUAUAGUCAUCUUCAUGUAGCCAAGACUUUGGUGAUCAGAUAUCUGGGAUCAAAACAAACUGCCACCAUUGCUCACUAUGUACUUUUAUAAUGUUUCUGCAAGUGUUCCAAACUGCAUUUUGCAAUGUCUAUAAUUUGAUGUCAAAUUACAAACUUCACAUAAAUCUGACAUAUUUACAAAGUACACUACGAUUAAGAUGAGUUUAAUGGCAAAACAAAUGUAUAAGAAAUAAUUUAAUUGCCAUGAAUUAAGUUUAUGAUAUUGACCUCUAGACCUCAGAGGGUUAACGCCUCUCCAUCGGUCACACAACUGGGCAGAAAGAAAAUAGGUACGGGUGGUGCUCUCACUUUUCGUGGAGGUCGUGGAUGUCGGUGGAGCAGUUGGAAAUUUUUUUGCCACUGGAAGAGAUGAAGAACGUCUCUUUACUGUUCCUGAGGUCUUCGCCAAGCUUCCUUUUUCUGGUUAACAUGGCAGGGCGGAUGUAUUUGUAUAAAAAAUCAAACCACUGUGAAAACAAGGAAAAUUAAGUGAUUUGACAUAUAUAGUUUCAAAAUACAUAGAAAAUCUGCUAUUCUGAAAAUAACUUUUGAACAUUGGCUUACUGUCUCCUCUUCCUGCGUUACGGCAAAGCAGGUAAUGUGUUCUUCAUUAAUCUUCAUAACAGGCACCUGUGUCUCCAAAGUUUUGUGCUUCACUACACUUACCACACAGUAUCCAGGGUGGCCUAGAGUUCUAAUAAUAAUAAUAAUAAUUGACACUUUUUAUUGAUCCCCGUAGGGAAAUUGUCUUUUACGCCUCCCACAACUUGCUCUUUUUUCAUAGAGGAAGUUGUCUGCGAAGGGCUGCCAAAAAAAGGUUACCUGGUACCUUGGGCGGAGCUUAAUUCUCCGCUUCUGACGUCAUAAGAGGAAGUGGCGUAUCCUUGAUUCUGAUUGGUCGAGAGUUUAUGCCCAUAUAUGGUAUCAAUACAUGCUUAUGCCACGUUUUGCCGAUAGGGGGCGAUAUGGUUUUGGGAGAUUGCCGUUAUGCCCAUAUAUGGUAUCAAUACAUGCUUAUGCCACGUGUUGCCGAUAGGGUGGUUUGGGAAGCUUUAAUAGAAUAAAAAUACAUUACAUGUAUUUUAUUAAUGUGCUUUUUGUAUUACGUUUUUAAAGAAUAAUAAAACAUAGAGCAGGAUGAUGGCAAGCUAGCGCAUACACGUUCAGCGGGGGCGUCCGUCCGGCCGCGGGUUGUUAGUAAGCGCCGCGGCGUAUUUUAAAAGAAAGUACCCAAAUGUUUUAAAGAAGAAAGCCCCAAAAGAAGGAAAACUUUAGUGUUAUUUUAAAAGAAAGGCAGGGUGAAUUUAAACAAACAUGCCUGAAAGAAGCAGCAGAAGAGCAAAUUUAAACAAGCGAAACCAACAAACAUACACCCCGUCGUUUUAAAAGAAGCGAGCACUCAUUACAUUUAACCAACACGAAAGACUUUAGUUAUAUUUACCAGGUUGGAGAAAGCAUGCAAGCGGCAAACUUUUAGAAGAAAUAGGACGAAACGAUCCCGGAGCUCCGACACACGCGACUACUCUGUUUGAACAACGCGGGGCGGAAUGGCCGAUCGAUAGUCCGGCGUUUGGCGCAUGCGCACCCACGCCGCCUCCCCGGCGGAGCGCCUGUUUUAGCAAAUAAAACACCUAUAGCCGUAAUGUUUUUAAGGAAUGAAGCACUUUUCUGCCAAUGUGAAUAAUAAAGUAAAGCGGUCUGAGCAUUUUCGACAGCAAUAAUCAAAGAAUAACGCGGUUAAUUCUUGUUUAAGCGAGCGCAUGCGCGUAGAGCACACAGCAUUUCCUUUAUUGAGCUAGCUCGUUGCGUCAAGCAACUGUCAAAUGGCGAACAAUUGUCGCUGGACCAAGAAUUCAUGCAUCUACCUUUGCAAUGCAACUACCUUUUUUUCGGGUCGACAGGCAAUACUUGGCAAUACCGUUAAGCAGGGGUUAGCUCAUCAGAACAGCAGGAUGUUGUGUAGGAACGGCUGAAACUUAGGCAGCAACAAAUUCUUUCGUUAUAGCGUUAUUUUAAAUUUGUAUGGGUGUGAUAUAUGCCAUUUAUGCAAUGAGGUGGAAUUAAACAACAGGGGAUCCGACUGGUUCCACAAACAGCCGCACCACUAAUGUGUUAAACAACGAAUAAAAAACCAUUAAUUACACAUGCUUACGUAUAAAAUAUAUAAAAGUUUAAGGAAUAAAGAACACGACAAACAGCCGCACCACUAAACAAGGAAUAAAAAACGAUCAUUACCACAAAUUAUGAUAUUUAAGUAUAAAAAUAAAUAAGUUGAGGACUAAAGCAGUCGACAAACUACCCCGUAAACAAGGAUUAAUGAAUAAAAUUAUUUCAAUGUGGCUAAAGUAGACGUACGCGAUUAUUUAAUAGGGGGGCAAAAGCACAUUUUAAAAAUUGGCAAUAACUCGAACGGCGGUAAAGACGGGUCGCUAGCGCCACCCUGUGUCCACAGCAUGUGGCCCCCACAGCGGGGAAGGGGCGGUCCACCCCCCCCCCAAAAAAAAGUUUCCCCUAUAUUAAGGGCGACGCUGUCGACCAAAAAUACAGAAGAACUUGAAACGUUAUCGACGAUCAGCUCACGACGCCAAAGAUGGAAAUGACAAACUGGAGCCCGAGUAAGCCCCGUGAAGCAGAGGAUUGGAAUAGCGAUAAGGACGCCGACCUGUUAAGCACGCCGACGGUUAUUUUCAGAGAUAAUCGUGAAGGGACUGUCCACGGACAACAUAAGCGGAAAAGAACGGAUAGUUUUAACGACACUGCCGAUGAUGAAUUGUUGAUCGCUGCGGCUGAAAAAAUUGAAGCGGGUCUAGCAACGGCAGAAACUUCAACCGGCGGCGCACAGAGCGAACCUGAAGAACAGUUGGAAUCUACGCCGCCGUGUACUCCUACUACAGGGGUUGUGACCCCGGACCAAGGGUUCCCAGCAAGCGGUGAUCCAGCGACCACAUCCCGGGCCUUAUCGGGACCCCUGCAGAGGACGCAAGAUUGGGAUAUUGACCAAUUAACACCUUGGCAGUGGCCGGUUGCGAGCUCCCUGGACGGCGCUGUAUCCCGGGCCGAAAGGCUGAAGGGGCUCAAGGUGGACAGUGUUCUUUGCCACAGGCUCUUAAGAAGAAUUCACUCACAGCAAAAGUGAACCAGCAAGAAUCUCAGAGGGCACUGUCAAAGUGGUUCAUUGGGGCCAGAGACAGAGGAGGACAAGGGGCUUCCAGAAUGCAGUCGAGACCGACAUAAGUAGUAGGCCUAAUCAGCAGCUGUUCUGUUCUUUUGUUGUUCACUGUUGUUUUAAUAUGUGCUGCAUUGAGAAUGUUGCAAAUGCUCUUUAAUGAUGCUGUUAUUAGGAAUAGCAUAUAUUCUUUUAUUAAGAAAAGCACAUAAUUAAGCUGGCCUUAUGGUUCUGAGCUGUUAAUAAGCUAUGAAAGCUUU